GAAGGACCUAGGUUUCAGUGGUGAGACAUGGGGUACGAUGUAACCCGUUUCCAGGGGGACAUUGAUGAGGACCUUAUCUGUCCUAUUUGUAGUGGAGUUUUGGAAGAGCCAGUACAGGUGCCUCAUUGUGAGCAUACCUUCUGCAAUGGCUGCAUCAUCCAAUGGCUCUCUGAGCAGCAGACAUGCCCAGUAGACCAUAGCGUUGUUAAGGUUGCCCAGCUGAGUCCAGUACCUCAGAUCAUGCGGAACAUGUUGUCAAAGCUACAGAUUGCCUGUGAUAACUCUGCGUUUGGCUGCAGUGCUCUUGUCAGACUUGACAACCUCAGGUCUCAUCUCAAUGACUGUGAGCACAAUCCGAAGCAGCCUGUGACCUGUGAGCAGGGUUGUGGCCUUGAGAUGCCCAAAGAUGAACUGCCAAACCACAAUUGCAUUAAUCAUCUGCUCUCCGUGGUCCAGCAGCAGCAGACACAUAUCUCAGAGCUGGAGAAGAUGUCUACUGAACACAAGCAACAGCUGGCAGAACAGGAGCAAGACAUUCAGCUACUGAAGAUGUAUGUGCGAGCCACCCAUAAUGUCAACCUCAACCUUCAGAACCUGGAAACAAUCGAGUACAACAAAAUCCUUGAGUGGGUGAACGCCCCACAGCCAGAAAGAGUGACCCGCUGGGGAGAGAUGAGCUCCACUCAUGACCAGCAACUGAGUGACAACAUGGUGCAGGAUCCAGGGCUUGUCCUAUUUGCACAUCUUGUGGAGGAGAUAUAA